AUGAAACUGAAAGAGGCAAAGUGGAGGCUUGAUGAAAUAGAAGGAUUUAGUCAUCCAAAGAUAAAAUACGAGCAGUACAUGACUCCUUCAGAGCUGGCAUGUGCUGUAGUGUAUGUCAUGGCAGUAGAAAAUGACGAUGUACAACAGAAGACAGUUUUGGAUCUGGGGUGUGGAACAGGAAUGUUAAGUGCAGCUGUUUUAUUGUAUGGAGCCGCAAGUGUCACAGGCCUUGAUGUAGAUGCAAGUCUUGAGUCACUUUAUGAGAACAAUUUACAGAAGGUCUCUGAAGGACAGCAUAGAUUUAUAUGCGCAGAUGUUCAGGAUGCCCAGUUUAAUGAGCUGCCGCAGUUUGACACUGCUAUUAUAAAUCCUCCUUUUGGCACAAAAAAUAACAGUGGAAUUGAUGUGACCUUCCUGGAGAAGGCCUUAGAGAAGGCUAGUGUUGUAUAUUCCAUGCACAAAACAAGCACAAGAGAGUAUUUUAAGACAAAAUACAGUGGAAGAAUCCGAAUAUUAUCAGAAAUGCAGUUUGAGCUUAAAAAAACGUACAAGUUCCAGAAGAAGGAGAGUGUUCAUGUAAAAGUAGACUUAAUUCGGGUGACAAAAGAGCAGGAGAAAUAA